UUUCGCUUCACUUUUCACGGGGACUUGUCUCUAUAUCUUUACAUCACCCCCUAUUUACGCAUCUGUCUUGCUGGACCUUUGCUCGUUGUCCAUUUCGGAGAGGUGAAGGAGAAACUUUGGAAGACAAAUGGACCGUCCACGGGAGGAUGCUCCGCUGGCUACAGGGGGCCUGGCAGGCAGUGACGAGGCUCUGUUGACCCCCACACGAACAAGAGGGGGCUCCAACAGCCGAGCAUUUAAGGUGGCAGGGCUGACGACGCUGGCAUGCCUCCUGCUGGCCAGCCAGGUCUUCACGGCUUAUCUGGUUUUCAACCAGAAGGGGCAGAUCAACAACCUGCAGAAAAACUCUGACAACAUGCGGAAACAGCUGCUGACCCGUACAAACCCGGUGGGCCCAGCCCGAAUGCACAUGCCCAUGCACAGCAUGCCCCUACUGACCGUCCUCGCAGAGGAUGAUGGAAAGCCAGCCAAGACACCUAUGACAAAAGUGGAGGACACCGCUAUUGUUAGUGUGGAGAAGCAGGUGAAGGACCUGUUGCAGAAUUCCCAGCUGCCCCAGUUCAAUGAGACCUUCCUGGCCAACAUGGAGAGCCUGAGACAGCAGAUGGAGGAGAGUGAGUGGCAGAGUUUUGAGUCCUGGAUGCAUCAUUGGCUGAUCUUCCAAAUGGCCCAGGAGAAGCCGCCUGCAGCUCCUACACCCCAGCCAGCUGUCCUCAUCCAGACCAAGUGUCAGUUGGAGGCGGCUUCCAGCACAAGGAAGCUGGGAUCCUACAAGCCCCAGUGUGACGAGCAGGGCCGCUACAAACCCAUGCAGUGCUGGCACAGCACUGGCUUCUGCUGGUGUGUGGAUGCGAGCGGCACUCCAAUCGAGGCCACCGCCAUCCGUGGAAAACCUGAUUGUCCAGGAGCCCCACGUCGCGUGAUGCCGGCCAGACAGAUGGCGCUGAUGAGAGCCUAUAGCGAGAAUGUUGACACGGUCAACAAAGAAAAUUGAGCCAGGAUGGAUUGAGCCAGGAUGGCCGACAUCUCUCUUGAUGAAGCAAUAUUUCAAGGCAUAUCAGGAGUAUAUUUCUUGCUUCAUUGUGGCCUCAAACAUAUGUUCUGUUAUAUUUUUGAUUCAUCACUGAUUCUGCCAAAUAUUGCAUGUUACUAACGUAUUUCAACUCAUGUAAUGAAAUCAAAAGAUGUGCUGUUUUCCUAACUGUUUUAUUUCUUUUUGUAAUCCUUCAGGCUAUACUGUCAAAAUGAGUGUGACGCUUGUUUAUUCAUGUCCUGAAAGCAGGUUUUGAAAGUAUGAGGACAUAUGAUGUAUGAGGAAGCUUGCGCAUCAUCAAAAGAUCAAUAAAUUAUGCUGCUUCCUCAUUAACAAUGAUGUUAUUGUGGUGCACUGUGACUUUGCUGGGUCAUGCCCAAAUGGUAAGCUUCUCUCUCAGAUGUUUAUUAAUAGUUGCUCAUUGAUGAUCAUUGAAAAGCAAUACAUGCAGCUAUUCAUUCUUCCACUGUAACGGAGAAGAUCCAGACCGAAGUCGACAAUAAAGAUUCAAUGAUUUCAAUCAAGUAAA